UUCCCCUUCUCCUUCCCCGUAGGGUUGCAGCAGAUAAACGCCACCACUCCACAAGCACCUGUCUCUAUAAACUCAGAACUACAAGAAGCUCAAGCUUUUCCUUUUCACUUCAUUUUCACUCUCCUUAUUUUUCUCUCUCUCGCUCUUCCUCUUCCCUCCCUCUCUCCUCUGCAACAAUGGGUGCCUCACUUCCACCCAAGGAGGCCAACCUCUUCAAGCUCAUCGUCAAAUCAUACGAAACAAAACAGUACAAGAAGGGCCUGAAAGCAGCUGAUCAAAUAUUGAGAAAAUUUCCCGAACAUGGAGAAACUUUAUCCAUGAAGGGUUUAACAUUAAAUUGUAUGGAUCGUAAAGCUGAGGCAUAUGAACUUGUUCGUCUAGGUUUAAAGAAUGAUCUCAAAAGUCAUGUUUGCUGGCAUGUUUAUGGUCUCCUAUAUCGUUCGGAUAGAGAAUACAGAGAGGCAAUUAAAUGUUAUCGAAAUGCCCUGAAAAUAGAUCCUGACAAUAUUGAAAUAUUACGUGAUCUGUCACUUCUACAGGCCCAAAUGCGAGACUUGAAAGGCUUUGUUGAAACCAGACAACAACUUCUGACCUUGAAACCAAAUCACCGCAUGAAUUGGAUUGGAUUUUCUGUUGCUCAUCACUUAAAUUCGAAUCCAUCAAAAGCAGUUGAAAUUUUGGAAGCAUACGAGGGUACACUUGAAGAUGAUUAUCCACCAGAGGGUGAACGCUGUGAGCAUGGAGAGAUGCUCUUAUAUAAGAUUUCUCUGUUGGAUGAGUGUGGCUUUCUUGACAGAGCUCUUGAUGAGUUGCGCAAGAAAGAGCUGAAAAUUGUUGACAAAUUGUCUUACAAGGAACAAGAGGUUUCACUGUUAGUUAAGCUUGGACGUCUGGAAGAAGGCGAAAAAUUGUACAAGACACUACUUGCCAUUAAUCCUGACAAUUACAGAUACUAUGAAGGGCUGCAAGUUUGUGUUGGGCUAUUUUCAAAAAAUUCUGAGUAUUCUCCAGAAGAAAUUGAACGGUUAGAUGAAUUGUACAAAUCUCUGGGGCAGCAAAAUGGGUGGUCAUCUGCUGUUAAGAGAAUACCACUUGAUUUUCUUCAAGSUGACAAAUUUAGAGAUGCAGCUGAUAAUUAUAUUCGGCCUCUUUUAACCAAGGGAGUUCCUUCGUUGUUUUCUGAUCUAUCCCCUUUGUACGAUCAGCCUGGAAAGGCUGAUAUACUAGAGCAAUUAAUUCUUUGGUUAGAGCAUUCAAUCAGAUCGAGCGGUCAAUACCCUGGCAGUACCGGAAAGGAGCCCCCAUCAACACUCAUGUGGAUUUUGUUCUUACUGGCUCAGCAUUAUGACAGAAGGGGCCAAUAUGACACUGCUCUCUCCAAGAUUGAUGAGGCUAUAAAGCACACUCCAACUGUCAUUGACUUGUACUCUGUGAAGAGCCGGAUAUUAAAGCAUGCCGGUGAUGCAGCUGCUUCUGCUGCAUUGGCAGAUGAAGCGAGGUGCAUGGAUCUUGCAGAUCGUUACAUUAAUAGUGAAUGUGUCAAGCGUAUGCUGCAGGCAGAUCAGGUAGCCUUGGCAGAAAAAACGGCAGUUUUGUUUACAAAAGAUGGAGAUCAGCACAACAACCUUCAUGAUAUGCAGUGCAUGUGGUAUGAACUUGCAUCUGGUGAAAGUUACUACCGCCAAGGUGAUCUUGGACGGGCUCUGAAGAAUUUUUUGGCUGUUGAGAAGCAUUAUGCUGAUAUCACCGAAGAUCAGUUUGACUUCCAUUCUUAUUGCUUGCGGAAGAUGACUCUGCGCGCAUAUGUUGAUAUGCUUAGAUUCCAAGAUCGAUUGCAUUCACAGGCAUAUUUUCAAAAAGCUGCUAUAGGGGCCAUCAGAUGCUAUAUAAAGUUGUAUGAUUCUCCUCCUAAAUCUAGUACCGGAGAGGAUGAUGAUAUGUCAAAUUUGCUUCCUUCUCAGAAAAAGAAGAUGAGGCAAAAACAGAGAAAGGCUGAAGCACGAGCUAAGAAAGAGGCAGAUGUGAAAAAUGAAGAAACAAAUAAUUCUGGUGUCUCGAAGUCUGGGAAACGUCAUAUCAAACCUGUUGAUACAGACCCGCAUGGGGAAAAGUUGGUGCAGGUUGAAGAUCCAUUAUUGGAGGCUACAAAGUACUUGAAGUUACUUCAGAAGCAUUCUCCCGAUUCCUUGGAGACACACCUACUUUCUUUUGAAGUAAAUAUGAGAAAGCAGAAAAUUUUGCUUGCCUUUCAGGCUGUGAAGCAACUUCUAAGGUUGGACGCAGAACACCCGGAUUCACAUCGUUGUUUGAUCAAGUUCUUCUGCAAGGUGGACUCAAUGCCUGCUCCAACAACUGACGGUGAAAAACUUGUCUGGAGUGUGUUAGAUGCUGAGCGUCCUCUGAUCAGUCAAGUGCAUGAAAGAUCUUUGAUGGAGGCGAAUGAAGUUUUUCUUGAGAAAUACAAAGACUCCUUGAUGCAUAGAGCUGCAGUUGCAGAAAUGCUAAAUUUAUUAGCACCUCAGAGAAGAUCUGAGGCUAUCAAAUUGAUUGAAGAGUCAACAAAUGGCAUGGUGCCAAGAAAUGGAGCACUUGGGCCGGUUAGGGAGUGGAAGCUCAAGGAUUGCAUUGCCAUUCACAAGCUCUUGGAAAYGGUCCUUAUUGACCACGCUGCUGCAUCAAGAUGGAAAACUCGUUGUUCUGAGUUCUUUCCUUACUCAACGUGCUUUGAGGGCGGCCUCAGCUCUGCCAUACCAAACUCAGUGAACAACCAGAUAUCCAAAGAUGUGGAAAGGAUUGGUACCGGUCGUUCUGAAAGCAGUCGAAAUGCCAACUCCAUUUCUGAUAACGGAAAGCUAGAAGGAUUCAAGGAGCUCACUAUUUGACCGCAAUGUCUAAUGCCAAACAUAUAACGAGUUGUUGCAUUUGCAGGUUCAUUUUUGAGAUGGUAUAAUGCCCCUAGAUGAUUUGAAAGCGUCAUUCCGAAAGCUGUCCGGAGUCCAUUAAUGACUUGCAAAGGAACAAACAAACACCGUCACAAGCUAGGUCCAUAGCUAGCUGUGGUGAUCCGGUUUGUAGUUUGCUUAAGAUCUUGUUUUUCUCUCUCCUUUUUUUUCCCUUCUUUUAUUUGUUUUCUUUUUACCCAAUUCUCUGAUAUGUAUUCCUUCUGCAAAUGUGUAUAACUUCAAUUCCCAUUGCAUUUGGAGGGUUAGACAUUUUCGUAUGCUCACAAUUUUUGUAGAUCCUAGACGAAGGAUGUUGUAUGGGUUUUGCUCGAAUUCGAAAUCUGAGGUUAUAUUUAGGAGAAGAGAGCUAGAUUUCUUUCCCUUUUUCGAUAUCCUCCUUGGUUAUAUAUACAUCAUCCUGAUCCUGAAAAAUAGAGAUACUGGACUUUUUCACUGACUGCAUUGUUAUGUAUAAACAUCAUGUGGAAAUUUUUGCCAUGAAAUUACUUUUGACAA